AUGGAUCACGCAACGCAAUACCUCUGCUUGGCAGUCCUGACGCUGCCCCUAACUGUCUGGUCUCUAUACCAGACUUGGGGCGUCCUGCAAAGGCCUGACUUAUCCCUCACCUCUCUCAUGCUACGCUUGGGCCUCGUCGUCGCCACCAGCAAGCUCUCGCUCACCCUCAUCAACAAGUUCCGCUUCCACCUCCGGGCCCGGUCUCUAGGCUGCGGCUCCGCACCCGUCUGCCGCUCCCGGGACCCCAUCCUAGGCCUAGGCCAUUUCCUGGAGUCCCUGCGCGCUAACAGGCGAAACAAGCUCCUCGAGCUGCUGGCGGCGCGCUUCGAGCGCCACGGCGCCACGUACUACUUCCUCGCCCUCGGGCGCUGGCUGCUGCUGACCAACGAGCCCGAGAACGUAAAGGCCAUCCUCGCCACCCGCAUGGACGACUGGCCCAUCGCGGGGCCCCGCCUGCUCGCCGUGCUGCCCGUGCUCGGCGCCCGGAGCGUCUUCUCCAGCAACGGCGCCGAGUGGCGCCACGCGCGCGCCAUGAUACGCCCCGCGUUUGUGCGCGACCAGGUCGCGGACCUGCGGUGCUUCGAGCGGCACGUCGGGAACCUGGUUGGGAAGAUGCCCGGGGAUGGGGCCACGUUCGAUCUGCAGAAGCUGCUGCUGGACAUGACGAUGGAUUCGUCGACAGAUUUCAUGCUGGGGUAUUCGACGAACAUGCUUACGGACCCGUCGCCCGAGGCGCGUCAGUUCAUUGAGGAUUUCGAGUUCGCGAGCCACGAGAGUGCCCGGAGGGCAAGGCUGGGGCAGAUCCUGACCCGGCUGCCUCACAGGCGGCUGGACGAGAGCGUCGAGCGGCUGAAGAGGUUUGUCCGGUUCUAUCUGGCGAAGGCGGUUGCCGAGGGCAGCGAGAAGAGAGCAGAAGCAAAGGCCCGGGACUAUGUCUUUCUGGACGAGCUGCUCAAGUCCGGGGCCUCGGAGCAGUUCAUCGUCGACCAGAUACUCUCCAUCAUCGUCGCCGGGCGGGACACGACUGCAAAUGCCAUGACUGCGGUUUUCUGGUAUCUCGCCCGCAACCCGGAUGCUGUCGCGAAGAUGAGGGGGGAGAUCGCAGAUGUGGGUGAGGAGAAUCCCACCUGGGAGCAGCUCAGGGGGAUGAGGUAUCUGAACAAUAUCAUCAAGGAAGCUCUUCGCCUCUGCCCUCCCGUGGCCACAAACGCGCGAACUGCGAAUAAAGACACCGUCCUCCCCCGAGGCGGCGGGCCAGACGGGCAGCAACCCAUCCUUGUCCCCAAGGGGACAUCCGUUCGCUGGUCAUUGUACAGCAUGCACAGACGCAAGGACAUCUAUGGGCCGGAUGCUGAAGAGUUCCGGCCCGAGAGAUGGGACUCUGAUUUGCGAGUUGGGUGGGAGUACAUCCCCUUCCAUGGCGGGCCGCGCAUCUGCCUUGGCCAGCAGUUCGCCCUCACCCAGAUGGCGUACACUCUCUAUCGCGUAUUUCAGCGUUUCAAGGCUAUUGAGGCGCGGGAUAGGCGGCCGAUGAGACUGCAGCUGAGCCUCACUGCUUCAUUCGCAUAUGGUUGCUUGGUUGGGAUGACGCUGGCUUGA